GGUCUGAAGGGAUGGGCCCUGGGAGGCUGUGUGUGUAUAUAAUGUGGGAGUACACCUGUCAUUCGAUGGAGCUGCUCAGAGUAUCACUUCAAGGUUGUCCAUCAUGAAGCUCUCUCUGUUUCUGGCCUGUGUGUUGGUGUCUACUCUGGUUGUAGCCUCAGGCCACAUAUUUGAUUCAAGACUGGAUGAAGACUGGAAGAACUGGAAAUCACAACAUGAGAAGCACUACGCUGAGGAUGAAGAGACCCACAGGAGGAUGAUAUGGGAGGACAAUAUGAGAUACAUCGAACAACAUAACCUGGAGCAUUCAAUGGGGAAACACACAUUUACUGUGGGAAUGAACCAGUUUGGAGAUCUGAGCACCAAAGAGUUUAAUGAACUUAUGAAUGGAUUCCUCCCAGUUGAAGCUGAUAACUCGACUGAAGAUUUUGAUGAAGGAGAUGAACUUAUUGAAGAUGUAGGUGACAAUGAAUUUGAUGAAGACACGGAAAGUGAUGAUGAUCUGAGAAGUGCAACUGUCGACUGGCGUAGUAAAGGCUAUGUUACUCCAGUGAAAAACCAGGGGCAAUGUGGUUCUUGCUGGGCUUUCAGUGCAGUUGGUGCCAUCGAAGGACAGUGGUUUAAGAUAUGUAAAAGACUGACUCCUCUGAGUGAACAGAACUUGGUUGAUUGUGACUGGGGAAAUGGCAACUUUGGAUGUCGUGGUGGAUGGAUGUCAAAUGCUUUUCGAUAUGUAAUCAGAAGAAGAGGCAUCGAAUCUGAAAGAACUUAUCCAUAUACUGCACGGAGAGGAAGAUGCAAAUUUCAGAGAAGAAAUAUUGCUGCCAGAAUCCAACGGUACAGAUUUGUGCGAAGAAAUGAACGUUAUUUAGCAAAAGCAGUGCAAAUGAUUGGACCAAUAUCUGUUGCUAUUGAUGCAGGUCAAAGGUCCUUCCAGCUUUAUCGUAAUGGAGUCUACUAUGAUAGAAGAUGCAGACGACAACCAAACCAUGCAGUGCUGGUGGUUGGAUUUGGGAGAGAGAGUGGAAGGAACUAUUGGCUGGUUAAAAACAGUUGGGGGACAUCCUGGGGUGAUCAAGGUUAUAUCAAAAUGGCCAAGGACAGUGGGAAUAUCUGUGGAAUUGCCAGUUAUGCAGUCUAUCCAUUAUUGCAACGCAGCCAGUGUCAAAUUAAAGCUUCAUUGAACUCUCCCUGAAAGAAUGAUGGAAACAUUUCUGCUGAUGCUUACUCAUUCUCCGCCAUUGCUUCAACUUCCUGCUGCAAUUUUAAAACAUGGAAUAUUAACAGCUUCUACACAUUUUUAUAGCUUCACAUAGAGCAAUCCCAUUGUGUAUUUAAAGAAUGGAACCACAUCAUCCAACUUCUGUAGAGACAAUGGGCUGCAUUGUACUGGUGAUGUCGAGCAGUAUAAUAAAUGCUUCAGCAA